ACAACUAACACGCCUACAACAACUACCACACCUACAACAACUACCAUGCCUACUACAACUACCACACCCGCAAGAACUAUCACGCCUACUACAACUACCACACCCACAACAACUACCACGCCUAAUACAACUACCACACCUACAACAACUACCACGCCUACUACAACUACCACACCCACAACAACUACCACGCCUACUACAACUACCACGCCUACUACAACUACCACACCCACAACAACAACCACACCUACAACAACUACCACACCUACAACAACUAUCAAACCUUCAACAGCUACAUUACUAACAACAACUACCAAACCUACAACAACUACUACGUCUACAACAACUACCACACCUACAACAACUACUAGUUCUACACCAACUACAAAACCUACAACAACUACCACACCUACAACAUUUACAACACCCUCAACAACUACCUCGCCUACAACCACUACCACGCCUUCAACAACUACCACAUCUACAACAACUACCACGCCUACUACAACUACCACACCCACAACAACUACCACGCCUAAUACAACUACCACACCUACAACAACUACCACACCUUCUACAACUACCACGCCUACUACAACUACCACGCCUACAACAACAACCACACCUACAACAACUACCACGCCUACUACAACUACCAUGCCUACAACAACUACCACACCUACAACAACUACCACGCCUACAACAACUACCAAACCUACAACAACUACCACGCCUACUACAACUACCACACCCACAACAACUACCACGCCUAAUACAACAACCACGCCUACAACACCUACCACACCUACAACAACUACUGCACCUUCUACACCAACUACAAAACCUACAACAACUACCACGCCUACUUCAACUACCACACCCACAACAACUACCACGCCUAAUACAACAACCGCGCCUACAACAACUACCACGCCUACUACAACUACCACGCCUACAACAACAACCACACCUACAACAACUACCACGCCUACUACAACUACCAUGCCUACAACAACUACCACACCUACAACAACUACCACGCCUACAACAACUACCAAACCUACAACAACUACCACGCCUACUACAACUACCACACCCACAACAACUACCAAGCCUAAUACAACAACCACGCCUACAACACCUACCACACCUACAACAACUACUGCACCUUCUACAACUACUACGCCAACUACAACUACCACACCUACAACAACUACCACACCCACAACAACUACCACGCCUACUACAACUACCACGCCUACAAGAACAACCAUACCUACAACAACUACCACACCUACAACAACUACCAAACCUUCAACAGCUACAUUACUAACAACAACUACCACACCUACAACAACUACUAGUUCUACAACAACUACAAAACCUACAAUAACUACCACACCUACAACAACUACAACUCCCUCAACAACUACCACGCAUACAACAACUACCACGCCUACAACAACUACCACACCUACAACAACUACCACGCCUACUACAACUACCACACCUACAACAACUACCACACCCACAACAACUACCACGCCUACUACAACUAACACGCCUACAACAACAACCACACCUACAACAACUACCACACCUACAACAACUACCAAACCUUCAACAGCUACAUUACUAACAACAACUACCACACCUACAACAACUACUAGUUCUACAACAACUACAAAACUUACAACAACUACCACACCUACAACAACUACCACACCUACAACAACUACAACACCCUCAACAACUACCACGCCUACAACAACUAACACGCCUACAACAACUACCAUACCUACAACAACUACCAUGCCUACUACAACUACCACACCCGCAACAACUACCACGCCUAUUACAACUACCACACCCACAACUACUACCACGCCUAAUACAACUACCACACCUACAAAAACUACCACGCCUACUACAACUACCACACACACAACAACUACCACGCCUACUACAACUACCACGCCUACUACAACUACCACAUCUACAACAACUACCACGCCUACUACAACUACCACACCCACAACAACUACCACGCCUAAUACAACAACCGCGCCUACAACAACUACCACACCUACAACAACUACUAGUUCUACACCAACUACAAAACCUACAACAACUACCACACCUACAACAACUACAACACCCUCAACAACUACCACGCCUACAACCACUACCACGCCUACAACAACUACCACAUCUACAACAACUACCACGCCUACUACAACUACCACACCCACAACAACUACCACGCCUAAUACAACAACCGCGCCUACAACAACUACCACACCUACAACAACUACCACACCUACAACAACUACCACACCUUCUACAACUACCACGCCUACUACAACUACCACGCCUACAACAACAACCACACCUACAACAACUACCACGCCUACUACAACUACCAUGCCUACAACAACUACCACACCUACAACAACUACCACGCCUACAACAACUACCACGCCUACAACAACUACCAAACCUACAACAACUACCACGCCUACUACAACUACCACACCCACAACAACUACCACGCCUACAACAACUACCACACCUUCUACAACUACCACGCCUACUACAACUACCACGCCUACAACAACUACCACACCUACAACAACUACCACGCCUACUACAACUACCACGCCUACAACAACUACCACACCUACAACAACUACCACGCCUACAAUAACUACCACACCUACAACAACUACAACACCUUCUACAACUACCACACCUACAACAACUACCACACCUUCUACAACUACCACGCCUACUACAACUACCACACCUACAACAACUACCACACCCACAACAACUACCACGCCUACUACAACUACCACGCCGACAACAACAACCACACCUACAACAACUACCACACCUACAACAACUACCAAACCUUCAACAGCUACAUUACUAACAACAACUACCACACCUACAACAACUACCACGCCUACUACAACUACCACACCCACAACAACUACCACGCCUAAUACAACAACCACGCCUACAUCAACUACAACACCUACAACAACUACCACACCUACAACAACUACUACACCUUCUACAACUACCAAGCCUACUACAACUACCACGCCUACAACAACUACCACACCCACAACAACUACCACGCCUACUACAACAACUACCACGCCUACUACAACUACCACACCCACAACAACUACCACGCCUACUACAACUACCACGCCUACAACAACAACCACACCUACAACAACUACCACACCUACAACAACUACCAAACCUUCAACAGCUACAUUACUAACAACAACUACCACACCUACAACAACUACUACGUCUACAACAACUACCACACCUACAACAACUACUAGUUCUACACCAACUACAAAACCUACAACAACUACCACACCUACAACAACUACAACACCCUCAACAACUACCACGCCUUCAACCACUACCACGCCUACAACAACUACCACAUCUACAACAACUACCACGUCUAUUACAACUACCACACCCACAACAACUACCACGCCUAAUACAACAACCACGCCUACAACAACUACCACACCUACAACAACUACCAAACCUACAACAACUACCACACCUUCUCCAACUACCACGCCUACUACAACUACCACGCCUACAACAACUACCACACCUACAACAACUACCACGCCUACUACAACUACCAUGCCUACAACAACUACCACACCUACAACAACUACCACGCCUACAACAACUACCACACCCACAACAACUUCCACACCUACAACAACUACCAUGCCUACAACAACUACCACACCUACAACAGCUAUCACACCUACAACAACUACUACUACAACAACUACAACUACCACACCUACUACAACUACCACGCCUACAACAACAACCACAUCUACAACAACUACCACACCUACAACAACUACCACACCUACAACAACUACCACACCUUCUACAACUACCACACCCACAACAACUACCACACCUACAACAACUACCACACCUUCAACAGCUACAUUACUAACAACAACUACCACACCUACAACAACUACAACACCUACAACAACCACCACACAUACAACAACUACAACACCCACAACAACUACCACGCCUGCUACAACUACCACGCUCACAACAGCUACCACACCUACAACAACUACCAUGCCUUCUACAACUACCACACCCACAACAACUACCACGCCUAAUACAACUACAACGCCUACAACAACUACCACACCUACAAAAAUUACCGAACCUACAACAGUUACAUUACUAACAACAACUACCACUCCUACAACAACUAUUACUUCUACAACAACUACACCUACAACAACUACUACGUCUACAACAACUACAAUAUCUACAGCAACUACCACACCUACAACAACUACAAAACCCACAACAACUACCACGCCUACUACAACUACCACGCCUACAACUAUUGCCACACCUACAACAACUACCACACCUACAACAACUAACACACCUACAAAAACUGCUACACCUACAACAACUACAACACCUACAACAACCACCACACAUACAACAACUUCCACGCCUACUACAACUACCACACCCACAACAACUACCACGCCUAAUACAACAACCACGCCUACAACAACUACCACACCCACAACAACUACCACACCUUCAACAGCUACAUUACUAACAACAACUAUAAAACCCACAACAACUACAACACCUGCAACAACCACCACACCUACAACAACUACAACACCUACAACAACUACCACGCCUAGUAAAACUACCACACCUACAACAACUACCACACUUACAACAACUACCACGCCUACUACAACUACCACGCCUACAACAACUACCACACCUUCAACAAUAACCAUACCUACAACAACUACAAUACCCACAACAACUACCACGCCUACAUCAACUACUACGGCUACUACACCUUCCACGCCUACAACAACUACCACACCUACAACAACUACAACACCUACAACAACUACCACGCCUACUAUGACUACCACGCCUAAUACAACAACCAAGCCUACAACAACUACCACACCUACAACAACUACCACACCUUCUACAACUACCACACCCACAACAACUACCACACCUACAAUAACUACCACACCUUCAACAGCUACAUUACUAACAACAACUACCACACCUACAACAACUAUUACGUCUACAACAACUACCAGACCUGCAACAACUACUACGCCUACUACAACUACCAAGCCUACAACAACCUCCACGCCUACAACAACUACCACACAUACAACAUCCACUACACCUACAACAACUACCACACCGACUACAACUACAUCACCUACAACAACAACCACGCCUACUACAACUACCACGCCUACAACAACUACCGCACCUACAACAACAAAUACGCCUAAUACAACUACCACUCCUAUAACAACUACCACACCUACAACAACUACUACACCUACAACAACAACCACGCCUACAACAACUACCACACCUACAACAACUACCACACCUUCUACAACUACAACACUCACAACAACUACCACACCUACAACAACUACCACACCUUCAACGGCUACAUUACUAACAACAACUACCACACCUACAACAACUACUACGUUUACAACUACCACUCCUACAACAACUACCACGCCUACGACAACUACCACGCCUACAAGAACUACUACACCUACAACAACUACCACGCCUACUACAACUACCACACCCACAACAACUACCACGCCUAAUACAACUACCACGCCUACAACAACUACCACACCUACAACAACUACCACACCUACAAAAAUUACCGAACCUACAACAGCUACAUUACUAACAACAACUACCACACCUACAACAACUAUUACGUCUACAACAACUACCACACCUACAACAACUACUACCUCUACAACAACUACAAUACCUACAGCAACUACCAUACAUACAACAACUACAAAACCCACAACAACUACCACGCCUACUACAACUACCAGGCCUAAAACUAUUACCACACCUUUAACAACUACCACACCUACAACAACUACAACACAUGCAACAACUACCACACCUUCUCCAACUACCACACCCACAACAACUACCUCACCUACAACAACUACAACACCUUCAACAGCUACAUUACUAACAACAACUACCACACCUACAACAACUACUACGUCUGCAACAACUACUACACCUACAACAACUACAACACCUACAACAACCACCACACCUACAACAACUACAACACCCACAACAACUACCACGACUGCUACAACUACACCGCUCACAACAGCUACCACACCUACAACAACUACCAUGCCUACUACAACUACCACACCCACAACAACUACCACGCCCAAUACAACUACAACGCCUACAACAACUACCACACCUACAAAAAUUACCGAACCUACAACAGUUACAUUACUAACAACAACUACCACACCUACAACAACUAUUACGUCUACAACAACUACCACACCUACAACAACUACUACGUCUACAACAACUACAAUACCUACAGCAACUACCACACCUACAACAACUACAAAACCCAAUACAACUACCACGCCUACUACAAUUACCACGCCUACAACUAUUACCACACCUACAACAACUACCACACCUACAACAACUAACACACCUACAAAAACUGCUACACCUACAACAACUACCACAUCCACAACAACUACCACGCCUAAUACAACAACCACGCCUACAACAACUACCACACCUACAACAACUACCCCACCUUCUACAACUACCACACCCACAACAACUACCACACCUACAACAACUACCACACCUUCAACAGCUACAUUACUAACAACAACUACCACACCUACAACAACUACCAGACCUGCAACAACUACUACGCCUACUACAACUACCAAGCCUACAACAGCCUCCACGCCUACAACAACUACCACACAUACAACAUCCACUACACCUACAACAACUACCACACCGACUACAACUACAUCGCCUACAACAACAACCACGCCUACUACAACUACUACGCCUACAACAACUACCGCACCUACAACAACAACUACGCCUACUACAAUUACCACUCCUAUAACAACUACCACACCUACAACAACUACUACACCUACAAGAACUUCCACGACUACAACAACUACAACACCUAAAACAACUACUACAGCUACUACACCUUUCACGCCUACAACAACUUCCACGCCCACAACAACUACCACACCUACAACAACGAACACACCUUCAAUAGCUACAUUGCUAACAACAACUACCACACCUACAACAACAACUACGUCUGCAACAACCACUACACCUACAACAACUACCAGACAUACAACAACUACAUCGCCUACAACAAUGAACACGCCUACUAAAACAACCACUUAUACAACAACUACCAGGCCUAGAAAUACUACAACACCUACAACAACUACCACACCUACAACAACUACCACGCCUACUACAAUUAAAUCGCCUACAACAACUACCACGCCUGCUGCAACUACCACGCCUACAACAACUACCACACCUACAACAACAACUACGACUACUACAACCAUCACGCCUACAACAACUUCCACGCCUACAAAAACUACUACACAUACAUCAACUACUACGUCUACAACAACUACAACAGCUACAGCAACUACCACACCUACAACAAUUACUGCGCCUACUACAACCACCAAGCCUACAACAACCUCUACGCCUACAACAACUUCCACACAUACAACAUCCACUACACCUACAACAACUACCACACCGACUACAACUACAUCACCUACAACAACAACCACGCCUACUACAACUACCACACCUCCAACAACUACCACACCUACAACAACUACUACACCUACAACAACUUCCACGGCUACUACAACUACCACACCAUCAACAACUACCACAAACACAACAGCUACCCUACCAACAACAACUUACACACCAACAUCAAGAACUACGCCAACACAAACGUCCACACACAUAGUUACCACAAGACCGUCACCAUCUCAAGUCCCUACUGCUGUCCCACUGGAUAAAGAUCAAAGUCGGAUUGCCAUAGAUUUCACGUUAAAAUUCAACCAACGCUUCAACUCUGAGCUGCUUAACCCGUUGUCAUCAGAGUUUACCAGAGCCGCUUCAGACUAUCAACAACAGCUGACGCCUAUGUUCAUGAACGUCACCAAUUUUGAUGGAGUCGUCAUUAAAAAGUUCUGGGAAGGGAGUGUUGGAGUUGAUUUCGAUGUCAAAUUGAAGGCCUUCCACCAAGGUCAGCCAAUCAACAGUUCCCUGGUUAAAAACGAGUUGUCGGACGUUAAAACUCAGCUGCUAAAACUGGACAACGUUGACCAGACAUAUGUCAACGUGACCUUCGACGAUAAAUUAUCGGGCGCCCUGCACGUACUGGAGGAGUUUUCCCGUGACGUGUGUAGGAGUGAGCACAUCUGUAAUGACACGCACGUGUGUAACUCAACCAGCCAGAUGUGUGAUCACAAAUGUUUCAACUUCCGGUGUCCAGUCAACGCCCAGUGUUACGUCACUGACCAGCACAUUCCACAGUGUAGAUGUAAAACAGACGAUAAAUUUGUCUACGGCGGUGCCGACUGUUCUGAGGUGGCCGAGAAAAUGGCGCUGACGUCCACACAGAUCAUCGCCAUAGGCACGGGGGUGGGCGGGGCUGUUGUCGUCAUUGCCGUCAUCAUCAUCGCUGCGGUCAUCCUGAGGACCAGGCGCCGGAAGUACCGCUACCAGCAGACGACGGAUGACGACAGCCUGGGUGAUGACGCGUCCAAUGUUGAGCAACAGUCCACCGUUUCGUCAUCCCAUGACGUCAUGAAACCAGGCAUUCACCGGCCUCGUUUCGAGAUACCCAGGCCUCGCUUAGACAGACAUCAGCAUGACGUCAUCGGGAAAUUCCCGAACAGAACACUUCCGCUUGUGUUUGACAGCAGGGGCAGUUGGCACGGUAAGACGUCCAACCAGAUGGACGUCUAGUCACGUCCCACCACAUGGACGUAUAAUCACGUCACUCCGUUACUCAAGGUUUAAUUACACUUCCUCAGAUGUAAGGAAUACUUGAUGCACCAACGGAUAAACAGUCGGACGCCCGCCUGCUACAAGCGGUUAUAACACAAAAAAAGUGCUUAUUAUAAAAUUGAUAUUUAUUUUUUUAUAUUUGAAAUGUAUACAUAUAUUUGACUUGUAUUUAUAAAUCUUUCAAUUGUGUAAUUAUGUUGUUUAUUUUCUAAAAUGCUAAUUUGAUGACUGCAGGCUAACGAAUAUACCAAAGACAGAACUCUAACUGCCCAUUACCCACCUGAUAUCGUCAUUAAACACCCAACUCUUCUACUUUCACAUCACUGUCAGACCUGCCACAUGUCCGAGUUCUAACUGUUGCUCAGAGUUUCUUUCAAGCAUUUCUCGUGUUUAGCACUCCCACCCUACACCAUCCUUCCCCCUCACCCCCCCCCCCCUCCUUACCUCCCUUACUCGAUGCACGUCCAAGGCCCCUUCCCUGGACAAAAUUGAAAUAAAAUAUAAUUUAUAUAGAAAAAUCAUUUAAACCAGUAUCCACAUCCCCCAGAAAGUUUCAAGUCCCCGCACCCCCCUCCGUCUCGGAGAAAAAUGUCUUAAAGAAACACUGCUGUUGUUGGCUUUAGUUAACUGCCUCUUUCCUUUACCGUUCUUUAAAGUAAACUUGAAAUGUAUCUUGAAUUAAUUAAAAUUAGUUGUAUCGCACUCGGUUAAAUUAGAACGCAUGUGAUAAUUUUGUAUAAAACAAAGUGUGUUAGAUGUGGACUAUUUGGGUUCGUUAAAAAGUGCGAGUGAUAGACAAACGGUAUAUUUCUUCUAUGUCCAUAUUACAUAUGAGUGUGUAUUUUGAUUCAAUAUAUUAAUUAGUCGAUUUUACAAGUAAAACAUUUCUUCAACAAUCAUUUUAGACAUCAUUUCUAAGUGUAUUUAAACAUAUUUUGUGAUAUAUUAUAUCAAUAAACUGAAA